AUGGCCGAAGGCCUGGAGGCGGAGGUCAAGGCGAAGCUGGCCCAGAUGACCCUGCUGUUGGCAGAGAAUGAGGCCUUGAGCACGCGCCAGAGGGCCCUGCAGAAGGCCAUAGACCACAACACACUCAACAUAGAGGCGCUGCAGGAGGAGCGGCGGGAACGCGAGGGCGGCCGCCCGUGGCAGCCGGGCCUGUACACCGCGGACGGCGGCGCCGAGGGCACGGCCAGCAGCGACGGCAAGGGCGGUCCAACAUGCAGGAGCGAUGGCAGCGUGGGCAGCGUCGGUGACGCAGAGUCUGGGCCAGCGGUCGCAGGCGCCGCAGCGGCGGAGGAGGCCCGCAGGGAGCAGCUGGGGGGGUUUGUCAGGCGGUACGGCGCGUAUGUGUUAGGGGCGAGGGCGGAGCGCCUGGCGGCAGACGGGGCGCUGCUGCCGUUGGCAGAGGGGGACCCGCGGCUGCGGGAGUACCAGCAGCUUCUUGAUGACAUCAUGGCGCUGCCUGAUGAAGACCAGUACCUUCUGCUCACUGCCAACCUGGAGACUGGGCAGCAGGGGUCGCACGAUGCGGGGCUGCUGGGCAGGGUGGCGCGGCAGAUGCGGCUCAGCCCGGACCAGCAGGCGCAGGUGCUAGCGGCCUGGCAGGUGUUUGAGUCCGCCCUGGCGCGCCUGCUCGACGAGCGCCGGGCGCUGUGCGCCCGCCUGGCGGCGCUGCAGGCGCACCUGGAGAGCCUGCCGGAGGACACACCUGAUUUCGACGAGUAUGAGCUGGCGCAUGCGCUGGAGCCCGGCAUCGCGAGCAUGCUGAAGAGCGGCAGCCUGGAGGAGGUGGUGUGUGAGCUCGAGGACAACAUGGUGCGCCGCCAGAAGCGCGAGAACCAGCAGUGGUGA